AGAUGCACGGGUUGCUUUAAUUCUUCCUUUUUUUGUUAAAUUUUGUUGUUGUGUAUUUAAUUUUUAAUGUGUGAAAAAUAAAGUAUAAUUUAAUUGAAAUCACAAGUAAAACAACAAUGUGUAAAAAAGUGAUUUAAAAUAUCAAAAGAAACGUGCUAAAUCUUUAAAAUUUCAUUCAAACACAAAAAAGAAAAGUUCUCAUUGCUACAACACCCUCCCCCUGCUUUUGGUGCUGCUGUCAACACAAAAGCCGAAACAAAAAAAAAAUAUAUCAAACCAAACUUCCUGUUUCUAAUAUUUAGAUAAGAGUGGUUUAUUCUUUAAAAUUUAUCAAACCACAAAAAAUAUUAAGAAAUGAGUGCUAUGAAAGUCUGUUGCAUAGGAGCGGGUUACGUUGGUGGACCCACAUGUUCAGUAAUGGCAUUAAAAUGUCCCGACAUUACUGUGACAGUGGUAGACAAAAGUUCUGAACGUAUAGCUCAAUGGAAUUCCGAUAAAUUGCCCAUAUACGAGCCCGGUCUAGAUGAUGUUGUCAAAAAAUGCCGCAAUGUUAAUUUAUUCUUUUCGACUGAUAUUGAGACUGCCAUUAAAGAAGCUGAUCUUAUUUUCAUAUCUGUUAACACACCCACAAAGACGUUUGGCAAUGGAAAAGGUCGAGCUGCUGAUUUGAAAUAUGUUGAGAGUGCUGCCCGUAUGAUUGCCGAAAUAGCACAAUCGAAUAAAAUUGUUGUUGAGAAGAGCACUGUGCCCGUAAGAGCUGCCGAAAGUAUUAUGCACAUUUUGCAUGCCAAUCAAAAACCCGGUAUACGUUACGAUAUCCUUUCAAAUCCCGAAUUCUUAGCCGAGGGAACUGCCAUCGAAGAUCUUUUGCAUGCUGAUCGUGUACUUAUUGGCGGUGAAGAGACUCCAGACGGCCACAAGGCUGUAGAAAAGUUGUCAUGGAUUUAUGAACACUGGAUUCCUAAGGGUAAUAUCCUAACCACAAACACCUGGAGUUCGGAACUGUCGAAAUUAGCAGCUAAUGCUUUCUUGGCUCAAAGAAUUUCCAGUAUUAAUUCUCUGUCGGCGGUAUGCGAGGCAACAGGAGCUGAUGUCUCUGAAGUGGCCAGAGCUAUUGGUUUAGACUCACGCAUUGGUCCGAAAUUCCUACAAGCUUCGGUUGGCUUUGGUGGCAGUUGUUUCCAAAAAGACAUACUCAAUCUGGUUUAUAUAUGUGAGGGUCUUAAUUUGCCCGAAGUUGCUGCUUAUUGGCAACAGGUUAUCGAUAUGAAUGAAUAUCAAAAGAAUCGUUUCUCACAAAAAAUCAUUGAAAGUCUUUUCAAUACGGUUUCCAACAAACACAUCUCUAUAUUGGGUUUUGCUUUUAAGAAAAACACCGGCGACACUCGCGAAACACCGGCCAUAGCUGUAUGUAAAACUUUGUUGGAGGAGGGCGCCAAAUUGGAUAUUUACGAUCCUAAAGUAGAGCCGGAGCAAAUUAUAGAUGAUUUGACACAUCCUUGUGUUACAGAGUCUCCCGAGAGUGUUAAACAAGCUGUACAAAUACACAGUGAUCCCUAUAGUGCUGUUAGAGGAACACAUGCAAUUGUUCUGUGUACAGAGUGGGAUGAAUUUGUGACUCUUGAUUAUCAACGCAUUUAUCAGUCCAUGAUGAAACCAGCAUACAUUUUUGAUGGCCGCAAAAUUUUAGAUCAUGAACGUUUACAACAAAUUGGUUUCCAUGUCCAAACAAUUGGCAAAAAAUAUUUACGUACUGGCCUUAUGCGUUCCUGGGGUAGUGUGCCACAAUUGUAGGGUAAAAAAACGGUAAAACUGAAUGCAAGUUUUACCAAAAGAAACAAUUGUCUUCACACAGCAAGAAGGUGAAAUUAAAAACAAA